AAAUGCCUCAAAGUGUUUUAUAAGGUUCGUGGGUGGCAGGUUUGCAAUUUUAAAAAACACGUGUUUUGGUUGUUUGGAGAUCCCCCCCACAACACACACACAAUGUUUUUCUGACAGGGAUUCAUCCCAGAGAAGUCUUGGAGAAGGCCCUGGGGUCUUCGUUGCUUCCCCUCAUGUUUUCUCCAGUGCCUCGUGCGCAUGCGCUAGUUCUGAGUUCAAGGAGAUCUGUCAGGAACCUCGCGGUCCAACCUCUCUGAGUUGGAGCACUGUUGAGGCGGUGCGCAUGCGCAUGUCCUUAGUAGAGGCCCGUGCGCCUUGUAGCCAACGGUUGAGGCAGCCCAAGCCACGGUUAGAGUCCGUUACCAAAAUCAGAGGUAAUGGGUUCUCCGGCCCAGCGCUUCACAGUAUGUUCUUGCGCUUUCCCUUGUUCCUUUAUCGACAUCGGUGUGUCUUGGGGGCUCCGUCCUGUUCUCCGGCCCCCUCCCAAGCCGGCCAGUGGUGACCGAGGACGAGGGCGGGGGCGCAGCCCCAGGCCGGCUCCGUCGGGUCCCGCCGCCGGGCUGGGUGGGCGGGGCCGCGUCCUCCGCCUCCGCGGGGCCGGAGCCCGGAGCUCUGCUCCUGCGUUUGAAAAGCGCGAUCCAGCGCCCGGAGAAGCAGCGCGUGCCCCUGAAAAAUUACCAUGGCUGCCGGAGUCGUGCCUCACAAUGAACAACCAUAUUCCACGUUGGUGAAUAACAGUGGGUCUGCUGCAAACAUGACAGGAAAUACAGGACGCCCAACACCAAAGUACACAAAAGUGGGAGAACGUUUACGGCAUGUUAUCCCUGGACACAUGGCGUGUUCCAUGGCAUGUGGGGGUAGAGCAUGCAAGUACGAGAACCCAACCCGGUGGAGCGAGCAGGAGCAAGCCAUUAAGGGGGUUUACUCAUCUUGGGUCACUGACAGCAUCCUGGCCAUGGCUCGUCCAUCCUCCGAGCUCCUCCAGAAGUACCACAUCAUUGAGCAGUUCCUCAGUCAUGGCAUAAAAACAAUCAUCAACCUGCAGCGGCCUGGUGAACAUGCUAGCUGUGGGAACUCUCUGGAACAAGAAAGUGGCUUUUCAUACCUUCCUGAAGCAUUCAUGGAGGCUGGCAUUUAUUUCUAUAAUUUUGGCUGGAAGGAUUAUGGUGUAGCAUCUCUCACUGCCAUCUUAGAUAUGGUGAAAGUAAUGACAUUUGCCUUACAAGAAGGAAAAGUAGCCAUCCAUUGUCAUGCAGGACUUGGCCGAACAGGUGUUCUAAUAGCAUGUUAUUUAGUGUUUGCAACAAGAAUGACCGCUGAUCAAGCCAUUAUAUUUGUGCGGGCAAAGCGGCCCAAUUCCAUACAAACCAGAGGGCAGCUGCUGUGUGUACGGGAGUUUACUCAGUUUCUGACCCCUCUCCGCAAUAUCUUCUCUUGCUGCGACCCCAAAGCACAUGCUGUCACCUUAGCCCAAUACUUAAUUCGCCAGCGUCAUCUACUUCAUGGUUAUGAGGCACGACUUCUGAAACAUGUGCCAAAAAUCAUCCACCUAGUUUGCAAAUUGCUACUGGACUUGGCUGAGAACAGGCCAGUGGUGAUGAAGGAUGGAUUGGAAGAGUCUGGACUUUCUGCUGAAAUUGAAAAGACUGUCUCUGAGAUGGUCACAAUGCGCCUGGAUAAAAAGUUACUGAGGCAGCACAGUGACGUAGCUGACCCAUUUAGCUCUACUGCAGUGGCAGCAGAGUUUGAGAAUCAAGAUGUGAUUCUUUGCAAUGAUCCAGAAUUUGAUCCUCUUUGGAAGAGGCGGAAUGUUGAGUGCCUUCAGCCCCUGACUCGUCUGAAAAGGCGGCUCAGCUACAGUGACUCGGACUUGAAGAGGGCAGAGGCUCUUCUCGAGCAAGGGGAGACUCCGUGGACAGUGCCUGCCCAGGACUUACUGGGCCACAACCUCCAGCAGCAGAAGCCCAGCAGCCACUGUUACAUCCCACUGUCUCCAGAGCUGGAUCUCAGUAAGGAAGCAUUGGUUCGCAGUACGUUUUCUUUCUGGAACCAGUCUAAGUGUGGCGACUUGGAGGGACACAAAGAAGAUGGAUCACCCCUUUGCCAAAAGAACGACAUUCCAAAGGAAAUACAGCGGAGUCGAACCUUCUCUGUGGGUGUUUUGGGUUCACACAAUCCCGGGGAACCAGUUACACCCACCUUGGCAAAUGUCUCCAAGAUCCCAGAUCCCUCUCACCAGCAAGUGGCCCACUUUCAGUGUGAACCUCAUGGUGGCUGGGACCCUGGCUCAGUCAAGGAGGAGGGCCAGACUCACUGCAGACCUCUAGACUGUGGAUCCAGUCCCAGGGCACAGGUACUGGUUGGGCCUGAUAUUCAGGACAGCAAAGAUCUGUCUGAAGCAGUGCCACACUCUACUUUGCAGUCUGAACUGAGUAUAGAAGCAAGGAGAAUACUGGCAGCCAAAGCCCUGGCAAACCUAAAUGAGUCUGUGGAAAAGGAGGAAGUGAAAAAGAAGGUAGAAAUGUGGCAGAAAGAACUAAAUUCCCGAGAUGGAGCUUGGGAAAGAAUAUGUGGUGAGAGAGACCCUUUCAUCUUGUGUGGUUUGAUGUGGUCUUGGGUGGAGCAACUGAAGGAGCCUGUAAUCACUAAAGAGGAUGUGGACAUGCUGGUUGACAGACAGGCUGAUGCUGCUGAAGCCCUGUUCUUAUUAGAGAAGGGACAGCACCAGACUAUCCUCUGCGUGUUGCGUUGCAUAGUGAACCUGCAGGCAAUUCCCCUGGAGGUGGAGGAAGCUUGCCUUGCUCAUGCCAUUAAAGCUUUUACGAAGGUUAACUUGGAUUCUGAAAAUGGACCCGUAGUUUACACCACCCUGAAGAAAAUAUUUAAGCACACAUUGGAAGAAAAGAGAAAAAUGGCAACAAAAGACAGCCCCACGCCUGGCCUCUUAUGAAGCUGACUUUCUCCUCACCAUGAAUAUUUCAGACCUAAAGAUCCAAAUAACAUUUCUGUUCAUAUGUGAAUAAGGUGAAGUUUGUGGAGCUACUUUUUCUCAUAGCACUUUAUUUUGAAUGCUAUUGGCUUGUGCUGAAAAUGAACUUUCCGUUUGGAGCUAUUAUUUAUUUUAAAAUAUCUUGAGCUACAUCUUAGUCUUGAACAAAUUGCCAUAAAGUUGCUGCCACUUUUAUUUAUUUAAAUGAAGUGAUACUAUAUUAACAUGUUAAGUAUUUGAUGUUUACAUCUUUAUUCUCUUUGACAUUUUGGAAAAAAGUACCUUUUCCUUCCAAAAUAAUUAUUUUCUUGACGGAACUCUUCCUAGAGCUUCUACCAAAUAGGUAAUGUUAGUAGUAAAACCUCUCUGUGUAUACACUCCUGGGCACAUGACCUAAGAAAGUCACCAAGUGUCUUAAAACUGUUUUAUAUUUGUUACUAAGAAGGCUGUUGAUACAUUUUUAAGGACUUUUUAAAACUUCGAAAGUUUUUGGAUUUUUUUGUUUUUAUAAAUGUGACAAAGGGUUUCAAAGUGUAUUCUUUUUAGAGUGAUUUAGUUGUACUUUAAUGGACUGACUGAAGUGGUCAGGAUUUUUUCCUUGUAGAAAGUAGACUCACUCUUCAUCAGUCCAGACAACUCCAGCCUGGGCUGUCUCAAGAGGCAGGGGAAGUUUUCAACACACCAGGCCUUAGUCCCACUCCCCUGAGCUGCUGCUGAGCCAAACCAUGUCUUCCCGGAGAAUCUGGGAUCAGAAGCAGGCAGUGCGGGAAGUCGCUAAGGAGCCGGACUUGCCGUUGUCCCCCAGCAACUUCACAGAAAGGAUGGUUGGUUGUUCUAGGGCAGGGCUCUGUGUCAGCCCUGCUUCCUCUGGGCACCAGAGACAACUCCAGGCUGGAGGGAGGUGAGGAGGGGAUCGCUGUCUGUGCCAAGGGGGGUGUCAGCAUGAGCAGCCUGGCCAAGUCUCCACGCUCCCAAGUCUGCCAUUCUACAGAUUCACCAGCUUCAGGCCUCUACCCUGGACUGCUCUCUUACUAUGAGAAUUAUAGUUUGCAAAUUGCUACCCCAGGUUGUAUUCACCCAGCUCCAGAUGAGAAUGGGUGACUGCCUAAAGUCAUUCCUUAUAAGCCAAACUAUCAAACAGCAGUUGAAGCCAUAACUUUUAUUUAAUUAAAUUAUCUAUGGGAGUAGCCAUGGCCAAACCAGAGAAAGGAAAGUAGCAUCUUCAGUACAGGUUAUAACAGUCAGACCAAUUUCAAACUGAAGAAGCUGCUACUUAAUUUCCAGAUGGAAUUUAAGGAGAAGCAAGACUAAUUUAGGAAAAAUGAAAUUCCUCCAAUUCCUGCCUUAGUGAAUUAUGCUCAAACACUUCAAAAAAUGUUUGAAGAUAUUCAUUCACACUAACUCUAAUGGCAAAGCCUAAUGUCAUUUUCUUCCACACUGUUUGAAUUUUCUUGGGAAAUCAAACCCAGUGAAUGUUAAUGAACUGAUUUGCCCACUCCUGAAAAGCCUCAUUUUCAAGUGCCUAGCAUGGGAAAGGAGAAGAAACAGUUGCAUUUUAUCUAGAGGUACAUUACAAAUGUAGGAUUUUUACCAAAAAGUUUGUCCAUACAUCUGUCAGCCUCAACACACACACACCACACACCACCGCAGCUCUUUGACCAGCUCUUAUUUUUUUUUUUUUUUUUUUUUUUACCAAAAAGCCAGCUGUUUUCCUUUGCCUCUGAAGCAGUUGUUUCAAAUUAGAGAAAUGUCUUAUUGUGGACCACAGCAUUGCACGCCUAAAAAUUCAAAUAUACAAGCCUGAAAUGAGAAUCUGGUCAGGCUAUGUACUACACACAAGUAUUGUAUUUAUUUAAAUAAAAGUGAAAAGAACAACCUGUAA